AUGAGGAUCAUUGUCUACAAGGUUUUCGAUCACAACAACGACGCGUACAUUGACCACGAGGAGAUCAAGCGGACAAUGCACUUCCUUGGUGAAACCGUUUCCGACGACGAUGUUCGCGCUAUGAUCAAAGAGGCUGACGCUGAUCAUGAUGGACUUGUCGAUUUCGAAGGUCAGUCUUCAAACGUUUUCGAUCACAACAACGACGCGUACAUUGACCACGAGGAGAUCAAGCGGACAAUGCACUUCCUUGGUGAAACCGUUUCCGACGACGAUGUUCGCGCUAUGAUCAAAGAGGCUGACGCUGAUCAUGAUGGACUUGUCGAUUUCGAAGGUCAGUCUUCAAACGUGAAAGCUUAA